UGCAGUUUAGUUUACCAGGCAUCGUCUGUGUCCUAAGACUUGCAAUUUUCUGGUGGAAGAAGAAAGCUGCUGCAACGAUAAUAGAUAUGAUCGCCGACGAUUGGUUAAAAACAAAAAUACCUCAGGAAAAAGCAAUGAUGAUCGCACGAGCGCAAAUUGCACGCAUUAUUAUUACAUGUGGGUUUGGCUUAAUGGGAUUCGGCUUUGUCGUUAUAGUUAUUUUGCCCAUAUUUGGUCACUCGGUGAGAUACCUCUCUAAUAUCACUGAUCUGGAGAGACCAUUACCAAUACAGGCAUAUUACAUCUACGAUGCAACCAAAAGUCCACAAUAUGAGUUAACAUUUACUUCUCAAGGUAUUGCAUUAAUCUUCAGUGCCAUAUCUUAUACAGGCAUAGACAAUUUUCUUAGUCUCUCGGUAUUUCAUAUCUCUGGUCAACUGGACAUUUUGAGGGAUCGUCUCUUGCAUUUACAUAACAACGCGAAUUACAAGGACGUUUUAAAAAAUUGUGUGAUAAAGCACGUACGACUACUUAGCUAA